AUGUCUAUAAAGCCAGCUCUCUCCGGUCGCGCUGCAAAGCUUGAGAAGCUCUUCUACUCGUUUAUCAAAGGCGAUUGCUCUGUGCAGAAUUCGCAAGAGGCCAAACAAUUCUUUGAAGCAGUGGAUGUUGUAUGCGAGCAUACUUCUGCUGUAGCCUGCGUCGAACACAUUAUUGGGAAAAAAGAGGGCUUAAGCACUGUGAGGGUUGCAAUUCGCAGCAACCUUUCGCGUGCAUUCAUCACAACUGCUACAACGGCCUUCCUCAAACGAGUCUUGCAUCAUGAUGUCAAAACCAUCAAUGACGGUCUGUUCCUUGAAAAGCUGCUUGUUGAAAUUCUGUCACCUUCCACCUUCUGGACUACAUUCCUUGGAUUCUAUCAAUGCAACCAACUCGAAGGCGAGACUUUGGUUGCUUUUGCAUCUCUCUGUCUGGAGGUUGUGUCUUCGUCAUCGCCCGACAUCCAAAUCCUUUCUCAUGACGUGGAAUCCCUCAUGAAAAGCUCUCCAUUGACAAAAUCGCCAUUGGAAGAGGUGCGCACCCUUGGUUAUCGCAUCGAGAAGGUGAUUCAGCUACGCAAGGGACAAGCAACUGCAUCGGUUAAAAUGAACUACAGCCCCGGUGGCAGACACGAUAAUGAUUUUGAGGAUUUUCGCAAGAUCUCCAUAUUCCCAACAGCGGAUGAAGUGAGCUCAAAGGAAGAGCCGUUUCUCCAACGAUUGGAUGAUGUAUUUGAGAUUCCAAGAGAGUCCCGUACAAGCAGCUACAUCUCCUGGCUAUUCAGGCUUCUUCGUGAAGAUAUGCUGGCAGAUUUGAGAGAGGAUCUGCAGAUCGCAUGGGGUCAGAAAAAGGCUAAGUAUAAGCCGCUCUGUUUGCGCGGCCUCAGCUUGGUUGGCUAUGAUCUCGGCGGUUUUCGGGCGAAGCCGUUCACAUUGAUGGUUCAGUGUCGAGAGGGGAUCAAUUUCCCUCAGAAUAAACGAUCCCCUGAAGCCAAGAAGAAAUACCUUGAGGAGUACAAAAACUUUGUGAAGCACAGUGCAAUCGGAGCUCUCUGUUUGGAGAAAGACAUCAUUGCUUUUGGCUCUAUCGUACGAGAUGUGAACGAGCUUAUUAGGGAUCCUCCAGUGGUUGGCAUACAAGUCACCGACAAUGCUGGUCUGAAACUGGCCGUCAAGGCAUUAUUGAGUCAAGACCCCUCCCGUUUGAGGUUUUACGUCGUCGAUACCGCGACGUUUUCCUAUGAGCCAAUUUUACAGCGUUUGAAGGAAGUCACUGAGAUUCCGAUCGAGAAUGCGAUCCUUGAUCCAGCGGGACCUCCAUCGACAUACGACCCUCCUCUAAGGCUACGGGCUUUCAUCCAGGAACUCAAAACUUGUCACCAGAAGGGAUUGGGCGCAGAUUUGGAACCUAAGCUAGGCUUCAAGCGCACUAUACAUAUUCGAGAUGCACAGCUCGAGUCACUAAUCAAGGGUUUGGAGAAUCCUGUGGGCCAAAUUCAAGGUCCUCCGGGAACUGGCAAAUCUUUCAUCGGGGCCAUAAUUGCGAAAAUCCUCAUGGAACUUACGGAAUAUCGAAUCUUGGUUCUCAGCUAUACAAACCAUGCCUUGGAUCAAUUUCUAGAAGAUCUCAUGGAUAAUGGAAUCGAUGGAGGCAACAUGGUACGAAUGGGUUCCAAGGCUACAGCGAGGACCGAUGCGCUGCGAAUCGACAACCUCCCAAGAAUUCCUCAGGAUCGCUCAAGCAAUGAUAACAGAGCGAUGAAAAGUGCUCUGAAAAGUGAACAGCUACGGACGGUGACACGAUUGGACAAUCUUAUACAGUCAUUGAAGUCCAAGGUUCGGUUGCAGGAAAUUCUGGAUACGCUGGAGUUUUCCGUUUCUGGAAUGUGCUACUGGGGUGCUUUCCAACUCCUUGAUGGGGAUCAAAUCGCAGGAAAGAAUAAUAAGCCCUUACAACCUGUCGAUGUCUUUGAUUACUGGUUGGAAGGAAGACACUGGUCAUCUCUGGGCAUGUUGGCGGCAAAUAUUGAUCCUGAACACUAUCCAAUUUGGGAUAUUCCACCAGAACACCGACAAACACUUUAUAACGAAUGGGUGAGCCAAGUUCGUCAAGAACAAGUUGACGAGUUCGCCCAAUUGGCAGAGACUACCAAUAACCUCUACCGGCAGAUCAAUAGCCUGGAAAAUGAAAGCAAGAGAACUAUCGUCAAGAAUAGACGAAUUAUCGGUUGUACUACGACUGGUGCAGCAAUGUACCAAUCUAUCAUCAGAGCGGCCAGCCCAGAUAUUGUUCUUGUUGAAGAAGCCGGUGAAAUCCUAGAGGCUCAUGUCAUCACCUCUCUCAGCCCAUCUGUCAAGCAACUGAUUCUUAUUGGCGACCACAAGCAACUCCGUCCCAAAGUCAACAAUUACAACCUCACCGUGGAGAAAGGCGAAGGAUUCGACUUGAAUGUGUCACUUUUCGAACGCCUCAUUAGGCAGGGUCACCGGUUUGCCGUCCUACAAGAACAGUUCCGUUCUCAUCCUGAUAUCUCACAAUUUGCUCGUCUUUUAGCAUACCCUGAACUAAAAGAUGUACCAAAAACGCACCACUAUAAGCCGAUACGUGGACUGCAAAAGAGAGUUGUUUUUGUGCAUCACGAACAUCCAGAAGAGCAGUUAAAUAAUGUUUCUGACCGGAGGGAUCCGACAUCAAAAGCCAGCAAGAAGAAUGCAUUUGAAGCAGAGAUGGUCUUGAAAACGGUCAAAUAUCUGAGCCAACAAGGUUACAAGUCCGAGGAUAUGGUCGUUCUCACUCCGUACAUGGGUCAGCUUUCAUUGCUGAGACAAACGCUGAGUGAGAUAAAUGACCCAUAUCUGAACGAACUGGAUACCCAUGACCUAGUGCGCGCCGGAUUAAUGACACAAGCUGCCUCCAAGGCUGCCAAAGCAAAACUGCGAUUGUCAACAGUGGAUAACUAUCAGGGAGAAGAAAGUGACAUUGUGAUUAUAUCAAUGGCCAGAAGCAACAAAAAUGGCGACAUUGGCUUCCUAGUCGCAUGCGAACGAUUAGUGGUGCUCAUGUCACGAGCGAGAAAAGGAAUCAUUUUAUAUGGAAAUAUGAACACCUUCCUGGCUAGCAAAAAAGGUGGUGAGCUCUGGAAGAAGUAUUUUGAUGCCAUGAAGGAGAAAGGAUUCUUGUUCGAUGGAUUACCAGUUCACUGCGAACAACAUCCGGAUCGACUUUCUGUUCUCCAAAAACCUCAAGAUUUUGAUCAGCACUGUCCUGAUGGGGGCUGUGCAGAGUCAUGCGGCGCUGUUCUUGGCUGUGGGAAGCACACAUGCGAACGCAGAUGCCAUCGAUUGACGGAUCAUUCUCAAGUACCAUGCACGAAAAUGAUGAAGAAGACAUGCGAACGAGGCCACAACAUCAAAUAUCUAUGUGGAAAAGAGAACCAAGGCUGUAAGUCGUGCGCCAAAGAAGACAGAGAAAUGCGACGAAGAGUCCAACGAGAUCUGGAUAUGGAGAAAAAGCGACAGGAGCGACAGGAUAGAUACCAGCGUGAUUUGCAAGAAAUGGAUGAUGAGAUUGAUCAUCAUCGGCGCAUUAUGAAAUAUGAGCAGGAGGAGGCGGAUCAAGCAAAAGAACUUGCGGAGAAGAAAUCCCACCUUGAGAGCCUUAAACAAACAAAAGCCAGAAUGGAAGCCUCAAAAGCCGCUGCCAGCAAACAAAAGACCGCCAGCGAGAAAGAACAAGAGAAGAGCCAACAGAAGCAACCGUCUACUAAUUAUGCGGAUCUGGAUCUCCCAGCACAGGAAUGGGAGGACAUGAAGCGAGAUGAUGGAGCUCACAACGACGCUUUGGAUGAUCUCAUGGGACUCAUUGGUUUGGAAUCAGUGAAGAGGGAAUUUCUCUCAGUCAAAACCAACGUCGACAUCAAAAUUCGCCAAGGGGUGGCUCUCUCCGAUACAAGGCUUAGUUGCUCGCUCCUUGGAAAUCCUGGAACAGGCAAAACGACCGUGGCCCGUAUAUGGGGAAAGUUCCUCACUGGAAUAGGAGCUAUUCCUGGCGAUUGCUUCAAAGAAACCACAGGAUCAAAACUCGCAAACAUGGGUGUCAAAGGUUGCGAAGAUCUGCUGGAACAGAUCAAAGAGGAUGGUGGUGGCGUCUUGUUUAUAGACGAAGCCUAUCAGCUUUCAUCCGGAAAUAGCCCAGGCGGCAAAGCAGUCUUGGAUUAUCUUCUUGCCGAGGUUGAAAAUCUUCGGGGAAAGGUCGUCUUCGUACUUGCUGGCUAUUCCAAGCAGAUGGAAUCUUUCUUUGCGCACAAUCCCGGAUUUCCCAGUCGGUUCCCCAUUACGAUGAACUUUGAAGACUAUACCGACAAGGAGCUGCUACGGAUUCUUAAGCGUCAGGUAAAUCGGAAGUACAACAACCAGAUGGAAAUUGAAGAUGGUCCAGACGGUCUUUACUUUCGAAUUGCUGCCCGCCGAGUUGGACGAGGUAGAGGCAAAGAGGGAUUUGGCAAUGCACGAAGCAUCGAGAAUUGCCUUGCCCGCAUCGAAAAGAGGCAGGCAAACAGGAUUAGACUUGAGCGUCGGGCCAAAAAAUCUCCCAAUGACUUCCUCUUUACCAAAGAAGACAUUAUCGGCCCAGAGCCAUCACUGUCUUUACAGAGCUGCAAAGCAUGGAAAAAGAUGAAUGAGAUGAUAGGCCUCAAAGAAGUGAAAGAGCAAGUGAAAAUCUUACUCGACUCGCUGACGACUAACUAUGAACGUGAACUUGCUGAAGAGCCCCCGAUGGAGUUCACUCUCAACAGAGUUUUCCUUGGGUCACCUGGGACAGGCAAAACGACGGUCGCUAAGCUGUAUGGCGAGAUUCUCGCAACCCUUGGCCUCUUGUCCAAUGGAGAAUUGGUAAUGAAAACCCCCGCAGACUUCAUCGGCUCUCAUCUAGGGCAAUCCGAAUCUCAAACGAAAGGAAUUCUUGCCUCAACAAUCGGCAAAGUGCUGGUGAUUGAUGAGGCAUACGGAUUAUACGGCGGAAAGGGAGUAGCCGAUCCUUACAAGACAUCCGUCGUCGACACAAUUGUCGCAGAGGUUCAAAACGUGCCCGGUGACGACCGUUGCGUCAUUCUCAUAGGCUACCAGGAGCAGAUGGAAGAAAUGUUUCAGAACGUCAAUCCAGGCCUUAGUCGACGGUUCUCGGUGGACACGCCAUUUGUGUUUGAAGAUUUUGACGACGAUGGGCUGAGACAAGUGCUGGAUCUCAAGCUAAAGGAUUCAGGCUUCACUACCACGGGCGAAGGCAAGACAGCUGCACUCGAUGUGCUCAUCAGAGAACGGAACAGACCUCAUUUCGGCAAUGGGGGCGCAGUGACAAAUCUUUUGAGCAAAGCAAAGGCUUCUUACCAAAAGCGUUACUCUGCUGGAAAGAUAAAGAGGAACCAGUUAGAGGCAGCAGACUUUGACGAAGAUUUUGAUAGAUCUACAAGAACGGAGACGAACGUGAAACAGCUGUUCCAAGACGACAUUGGGCGGGAAGAGAUUAUCCAAAAGCUCGAAAACAUUCAAUCCCGAGUGCGACAGCUGAAGGCUCUUGGAAUGGACGUCAAGGAAGAGAUCCCAUUCAACUUCCUAUUCCGAGGCCCGCCUGGUACAGGGAAAACGACCACGGCACGAAAGAUGGGCAAAGUCUAUUAUGAUAUGGGCUUCCUUUCCAAGGCUACAGUGGAAGAAUGCUCAGCUACAGAUUUGAUUGCGGAGUAUGUCGGCCAAACCGGACCAAAAGUUCAAAAAGUUCUUGAAAAGUCGCUGGGGAGGGUGUUGCUCAUUGAUGAGGCUUACCGAUUUGCCGGGAGCGGAUUUGCCCAAGAAGCCAUCGAUGAGCUUGUUGGCCUCAUGACAACACCAAAAUAUCAGGGCAAGCUCAUUAUUAUUUUGGCAGGAUAUGAACACGAUAUAAAUCGUCUCUUGUCCGUGAACGCCGGGUUGACAAGCCGCUUCCCUGAAAGUAUCGACUUUAAGCCACUCGAGCCAGAUGCCUGUUUCCGACUCCUUGCUGACCUUUUGCGAAAAAGGAAAAUGGAGAUCUCAAAGAGCGGCAAGAACAUGGAUAUCAGUUGUUUGGAAAAACCCUCUGCAUUGUUUCUCAUCGAUUGUACUACCAUCCUUGCUGAGCUAUCAAAAGCAGAUGGAUGGGCGAGUGCAAGAGACGUCAAGCAGCUUGCCAGAAACGUCUUCCAAACCGUGAAUUUGGCGUUGCCGUCACUCAAAUUGGAAAAAAAACGAGUCAUCCAGGAGCUAAAUCGGAUGCUACAAGACCGUCAAUCCAGGAUGAACAAAUCCGACUCCCCUGUUCCUAUGGAUGAUGAAGCGGUUGCCUCGUCCGCGCCACCGGGCCCCAGUCGAACCAGUACGAGUACGCAAGCUCAACAAUCGACGACUGUAGAUGAAAGGAAUGAUACAGAUGAGUCGACUGAAGAAGCGAAUAAAGAGCCUGAAUCGCCAGAUGAUGAAGAAUCUCGGCGAGUGGUGCGAGACGCAGGUGUAAGCGAUGAAGUAUGGGAACAGCUGCAAAAAGAUCAAGCCAAGGAAGAGCGUAAAAACGAGGAAUAUCGCGACCUCUUGGAAGCCAGAAAAAGCGCCGAAGCCGCUCGGAAAAAGAUUGUACAAGAAUUAAUCAAGGAAGAAGGGUUAAAAGAAGAAGAACGUCGAAAACUCGAGGAAGCAAAGAAAAAGGCUGGAGCCGCUCGGGAAAAAAUUGUACAAGAAUUGCUCAAGGAACAGGAGUUGAAAGAAGAAGAACGUCGAAAACUCGAAGAAGCAAAGAAGAAGGCUGAAGCCGCGCGCGAAAAGAUUCUACGGCAACUCAUUGAACAAGAAGAAGGGAGAAAAAAGGAAGUAGCGAAACAGGCAAAGAUCAGGGCUCUUGGAAUAUGUCCCGCGGGAUUUAAUUGGAUCAAACAGAAUGGAGGUUACCGGUGUUCGGGGGGGUCGCAUUACUUGUCUGAUGCUGAGAUUGAUAGGCAUAUGCAGUAG